GGAUAGUGAUGGCAGUGCUUGCCAUGUGCUCCUUCUUGACGCGCUCUGGACACGAAGAGUGCCACGGACACACCAGUUGCGGAUGCCGCAGGCGAGCCGCAGCAGCCUGCGGAGCGCCAGCGAUGGCACAGACGCCACCGGCGCAAUUGCUAUCAGUGCCAAAGAUCGCAUGCUGAAGCUCGUGCGGCGGCACCCGGCGUGCUUGCUGGCGCUGCGGCUGGACAACACUGUCCGUGUAUCAGAUGAGGACAUCAUGGCGAGCUUGGCCACCGCCAACCGGGACGGGCUGGACAUUGGAUUUCGUGAGAGAGGAGUUCCAGAGGACUUGAUUGCAGAGAUCCUGCAUUUGCAGCGGGAGGUGCGGAAGGAUGCGGCGGCCAUGUCCGAGAGUCGUCGGCUGAGCGUUUGGAAGCUCUCGAUGCGAUUUCUGCUGAGCGCAGCCGCCGUUCUCGUAGUCUCGGCGCUGGUUCUCUUCGCCAGCACCUUGCAGUACACACGAGCCAGCUGCGCCUUGUACGCCUUCCAAAACUCCACCUGUCGCCAGGGGAACAACUGCCUUUUUCAAGUGGUCGUGCAGACUGGACCGGACUUUGCAAUCCUGGCCCAGAACUGGAAGCCUCCUGUUGAGUCCUGGGACUCGUUGGGCACCACCGGCUUCGAAGAUGAAGGGCCCUUCAAGUGCUGCAAUGACGCCGGCCUCUACGUGCGUGGUGCAUCUGACCUCCUGGGUGCCGGAAGUGCCUGCUGCGACUUCUGGGAUGCCGUCCCUUUUUUGCGAUAACUUCGGGGUCCCGGACCGGCGCCCGCUGGCGCUGGAAUGCCCGAAGACACCCUGGGCGUGCGGGGUGAAAAUGGGCACCGUGGAUCGCGAGAUCAGGGUUCAGGAGC